CGGCCGGAGCCAUGGACCUCCGCCCGCUGCCCCUUCUGGUGAUGCCGGCCUUCCUCGUGCCGCUGAUCGUCUGUGACUGCAAGCAAAUACUCCACCUUCCCGAGGGGCUGGACUGGGAAGACAAAGAGGGUCCCGAGGCACUGGUCCCAGUCCACUCCAAGUUCGUCCACCCUCUGCGUCUUUUCGUCCAACAGGCCCCCGGCCCCGCGCCCGGCCAGCUCCCCAUCACCGCCGGCUCCGAUGGCUUCUGGACUUGGCUGUCCAAUGUGACUGAAGCCCGAGGGUCCAGGUCCCGGGCCAAACGCCGGCCCAUCGUCAAGACGGGGAAGUUCAGGAAGAUGUUUGGUUGGGGCGACUUUCACUCCAACAUCAAGACAGUCAAGCUGAACCUGCUGAUCACCGGCAAGAUUGUCGACCACGGCAACGGCACCUUCAGCGUCUACUUCCGCCACAACUCGACGGGCCUUGGGAACGUCUCGGUGAGCCUGGUGCCGCCCUCCAAGGUGGUGGAGUUCCCGGUGGCUCCGCCGGUGGCUGCCCAAUCCACACUGGACGCCAAGGGGUCUAAGGCCUUCAACUGCCGCGUGGAAUACGAGAAAACGGACCGGGCCAAGAAGACAGCCCUCUGCCACCUGGACCCAGCCAAGGUCUGCUACCAGGAGCAGACACAGAGCCACGUGUCUUGGCUGUGCUCCAAACCCUUCAAGGUCAUCUGCAUCUACAUCGCCUUCCACAGCGUCGACUACAAGCUGGUUCAGAAGGUCUGUCCCGACUACAAUUACCACAGCGAGACUCCAUACCUGUCUUCUGGGUGACCGGCCCACCCAUCACGCCUUAGGGGUGGGGGGGCGGCCCCCUCUGGCUCCAACCAUGGACGCCGCCGCCCAUCCACCAUCAAGGCCCAAGGACCAAGGGAAGUCUGGAAGCCCAUGGCCGCGAAGGUGCUGAGGCAAAUGGUUGAGAGCCGGCGAUUCCAGCUGCUUGGGGAGGACAACUCUGGUCACCUGGUCUGGUCCAGUCCACGCUGGUCAUCUGGUCUGGCCCAGUCCAGUCCGACCUGGGGGAGGGGGGAGGAUGCAAGAGCCACUGGAUCCAUCCAUCCAUCAGUCAGCGGACCGUGUGCUCAGCUUGGAACCCACACCAUCCAGGGAUUUAGUAGGGUCACUCGGAGGUCAAGGUCUUGGCUCCUCUGGGGUUAGAACACCUGCCUGACAUUGGGGAAGGGCAGGAACUGGGCAAAGCUGGAUGUGGGGUGGGGGUGGCGGGGAGAGGCCAAAAUGGACCAGUCAAGGAUGGUGAAUCAGUCUGUCUGUACCCAACACGUGGGUCCAGAAUUAGCCAACAGGGAGUGUUUCCCCCAAAUCAAUGGAACUGCCAGUCCAAGCGGUGACCUCCCUGCCUCAUCAAUAUUCUAUUAUUGCAGCUAUUAUUGUCACUGACAGGGAUUGAAGCCAAACGGCCUAGUGGGCCAAGCAUGGGAUGGUGAGUCAGGAGACCCACAUUCUAGUCCCACCUCUGGCUGACUGGGUGAUCUUGAGCAAGUCACUUACCCUCUUUGAGCCUCAGUUUCCUCAUUUAUAAAUUGGAAAUAUGGUCCCUGCACUCCCAUUCUCUUAGGCUAUGCACCAUGUGCGUGACCAGGGCUGUAUCUGAUCUGAUACAUCUACCAUAGAACUUAGUGGAGCUCCUGGAACCGAAUAAACACAUCAAUGAACACCAUCCUUUUGAAGCGUUUAGAAUGUGUGAGGCCCUGUGCUAAGCGCUGGGAUGAAUGCCAAAACCCAAUUCAGAUCCGGUCCCAGUCCCAUAUGGCCUAUGACCCAUGGAACAAUGGUAACAGAAACCAAACAGCAAUGAAAACAAGUGAGGAUUGUUCUCAAAAGAUCAGCAGGAACAGUGCAAGCUAGGCAUGGUGCUGUUCCCUUCGGGUUCCAGGCUGCUCAGCCCACAGUCCUCAGUGGGGGCUGAUGGGAUCAGGUGUCUUCCAUGGGGUGGGAUGGUGGAAGAAUGAACAAUGGACGCAAACCUUUCUGGGAGCAAGGAGAGCGACUGGGGGAGGCGUGCACACUGCUGCAACAGCCUGCUCUUUCCAGCUGAGAGUCUCCAUGUGCCCAUGGCCAACUCGCCUGCUCGGAAACCAGCCCGGAGCCCAUCCCUGAUGAGCUUGCAGAUGGCCUCACAUCCAUCUUUUGCAAACUUGAGGGAGUGAAACCAACAGGAACAGCUGGAUGGGUCAGCAGAGAGGGGCGAGCUAGGGGCAGCCCCCUAAGGUACAGGCUCAUCGCAGCUUGCCUUUGCUACUGCCAGGGUCCAAGCCAGAUGCCAGUCUGUGACCAUGAGGGCUUUCACUUGGGGAAGGGGUUGGGGGAGAGCCACUCCCAGACACACACACACACUCCCACAAACGAACAGCUCCACUCCAACCCCAUAUUCUGUUAUUACCGGGACUUGCCACCCCAGACCACGUUCUACUCUGUUUUCCGUAGAAAUCGUUCUUGAGUUAGUGGUAGGGAAGAGCGGGCUGGCAUGCCUGCUCUCUUCCGGUUUCACGUCUAGUGCUUUGGUGACUGUAUUGAACUAGCCCCCCGACCUGUAUCCUUACCUCCUUCUAGAGCCAAGGCCAACAUCUGGGUCUCCUGGCGAUGUGUGGAAGCCAUCAAUGUACAUACCCCUGGGAGUCUGUGUGUACACUGCAGGAGGGCUGUGCACGUACCUUUGUAA